AUCACACAGCAUUCAGCAUUGGCCAUGAGUCCAGCAGCACUCCGGUGAGGGAGCCAGCCUGCACUCAGACCAGCUACCCGGGGGCCCUGCCCCCCCAUCACAGAGGACAUGUCUUUCUUUAAUUUCCGUAAGCUCUUCAAGCUCGGGGGAGAGAAGAAGAAGAAGCAGUACGAGCACGUGAAGAGGGACGUCAACCCGGAGGAGUACUGGGAGAUUGUCGGGGAGCUGGGAGAUGGAGCUUUUGGUAAAGUGUACAAGGCUCAGAGUAAAGAAACUGGUAUUUUAGCAGCGGCAAAAGUUAUCGAUACAAAAUCUGAAGAUGAGCUUGAAGAUUAUAUGGUGGAAAUCGAUAUUUUAGCCUCAUGUGACCAUCCACAUAUUGUCAAACUUUUAGAUGCAUUUUACUAUGAAAACAACCUCUGGAUUCUUAUUGAGUUUUGUGCUGGCGGAGCUGUAGAUGCUGUCAUGUUGGAGCUGGAAAGACCUCUUACAGAACCUCAGAUACGAGUUGUUUGUAGGCAGACCUUGGAGGCAAUGCGGUAUUUGCAUGAAAGCAAGAUUAUUCAUAGAGAUCUAAAAGCAGGAAAUAUACUUCUUACGUUAGAUGGCGAUGUCAAAUUGGCCGAUUUUGGAGUUUCUGCAAAAAAUACUCGGACUAUACAAAGAAGAGACUCAUUUAUAGGUACACCUUACUGGAUGGCUCCAGAAGUGGUAAUGUGUGAAACGUCAAAGGACAAGCCAUAUGAUUUCAAAGCCGAUGUUUGGUCACUUGGUGUUACGUUAAUUGAAAUGGCUCAGAUUGAACCCCCUCAUCAUGAGUUAAAUCCAAUGAGAGUUCUGUUAAAGAUUGCAAAAUCAGAACCCCCGACCUUGGCACAGCCAUCACGAUGGUCGAGAGACUUCAACGAUUUCUUGAGAAAGUGUUUGGAAAAGAAUGUUGAUAACCGAUGGAGUACUGCACAGUUGCUACAGCAUCCAUUUGUAUCUUCUGUGAAUUCCAACAAGCCAGUCAGGGAACUCAUCGCUGAGGCCAAGGCUGAAGUGUUGGAGGAAGUGGAAGAAUCUAAAGAGGAGGAGGAAGAGGAGUCAGAGGAUACUUCUUUGCCUGUACCUGACAACAAGAGAGCUUCUUCUGACCUGAGCAUUGCAAGUUUGGAUGACGACAAACUCUCCCAAAAUGCUUCAUCUCUAGAAACGGUUACUGAAAAUGUUGUUCCUGCUGAGAUUAAAAAUAAAGUUUCUGAGCAAGGUGUUUUGGAACCAUUGGCACCGAGAGUAUGUGAACCUACUGCUAAUAUUUCUGAAAAGUCGGACAGUGAAAAUGUUUCUCCAAAAGAGAACCAUAUACCCACUGAAGAAGUCUCUCCAUCUAAUGAGGUUUCUGUUAAAACAAGUGAAGUUGAAGUCAAGUCUCCAUCUUUUGAUGAAAGUAAAGAAACCAUUGAUGAAACCACUCCCAAAGAAAUUCAAUUAGUUCCCGAACAAGAUAUUGAUGAUAAAUCUCUAGCAAAUGAAGAUAUAACUGCAGUUGGUGUUGUAAAUGCUAAUACAAUUGUGGUGGAAGAAAAAUUAGUAGAAACCGAAGAAAUACAGAAAGAAGUAAAGCCAGAAAUUCCAAAGAGUGAAGAUGCAGCAUGUACUGUAGUUGUUACUGAAGUAAUAAAUGACCUACCAAAUAAAGACUUUUCAGAUGAAAAGAAGGAAGAGUCAGAAAUUCCCAGUGAAGGAGUGGCAGUCAUAGAAAAGUCUGAGUCAGUAGGCAAGGGGGAAAAUGAGAGUGAAGCACAAUCUCAGGUUCCUAAAGAAAGUGUUGAAAAUCUUGAAGAUCCAGUUCAUGUAUGUCUUGACAUUCCUCAUGUAUCAGAUGAUGUGGUCAAAAACGAGGAGACUCUUGAAGAUCCAGUUCAUGUAUGUCAUGACAUGCCUCAUGUAUCAGAUGAUGUGGUCAAAAACGAGGAGACUCUAGAAGAGCCAGAAGAAAUACACAUUAUAGAAACUACUCCAGUGGGUGAAGACACUUCAAAAUCUGAAUCUACCAGUGAAAUAAGCGAUGUCCCUGAACCUUGUAAAGUGGAUCCGGUCCCACAGCCAGAACAGACUAAAGAAAAUGUCUCAGAAAGUAAUGUCCUUGUUUCUGAUGAUUCUGCCAAAGAUAUGAGCGAAAAUACAGUUGUAUCUUCUUUGCCUGAUAAAGAAGACAUGCAAAGUACCCAAGAAAAUGUUAAUUCAAAUGUUGCUUCAGACGCAACUGCUACAACAAACCCUGAACCCCUGCCUUCUGUGCCUAGUAUCAGUAUUAUUUCGGAGGAAAGCAAAGAGAACGAUCACGUAAUCUCCGCAGUGAAACCAGAACAGUCUCAGUCUGUAGAACCUGUAGAAAAUCCAAAGGAAAAUGAUUCAGAUUCUGGUACGGGCUCCACAAUUGACAGUGGAAGCAUGGAUCUAAAUUUGUCCAUAUCAAGUUUUCUUACCAAAGGCAAAGAAUCUGGUUCAAUAUCUAUACAGGACAGUAGGAGACAGAAAAAAACAUUGAAGAAAACUCGCAAGUUUAUGGUUGAUGGGGUUGAAGUGAGUGUCACCACUUCCAAAAUAGUUACUGAUAACGACUCUAAGAGUGAAGAAAUGAGAUUCCUCCGGCGGCAAGAACUGCGGGAACUGCGACUUUUACAGAAAGAAGAACAAAGAGCACAGCAGAUUCUUAGCAACAAACUAUUACAACAGAGAGAACAGAUCUUCCGACGUUUUGAACAGGAAAUGACGAGUAAGAAACGUCAGUAUGAUCAAGACAUUGAAAAUCUCGAAAAGCAACAGAAACAAACCAUUGAACGUUUGGAACAGGAGCACACAACCCGUUUGAGAGAUGAAGCUAAGCGUAUUAAAGCAGAGCAGGAUAAAGAGCUUUCUAAAUUCCAGAAUGUGUUAAAAAAUCGGAAGAAAGAGGUAAUAAUUGAAGUGGAGAAAGCCUCAAAAGAGCAGAGAAAGGAUCUUAUGAAACGCAAGAAAGAGGAGCUUGCACAAAUCCAGCAUGCUCAGGAGCAAGAAUUUCUUCAAAAGCAACAACAAGAGCUUGAUGGUUUUCUGAAGAAGAUUAUUCAUCAGCAGAAGAUGGAGCUGGCCACUAUAGAACGAGACUGCUUGAAUCACAAACAGCAGCUGAUGCGAGCCCGAGAAGCGGCAAUAUGGGAACUGGAAGAAAGACACCUACAAGAGAAGCACCAAUUGCUGAAACAGCAGCUUAAGGAUCAGUAUUUCAUGCAAAGGCACCAGUUACUGAAGAGACAUGAGAAGGAAAUGGAGCAAAUGCAGAGAUACAAUCAACGACUUAUAGAAGAAUUGAAAAACAAGCAAACACAAGAAAGAGCCCGACUCCCUAAAAUUCAGCGCAGUGACGCAAAGACUCGUAUGGCCAUGUUUAAAAAAAGUUUAAGGAUAAAUUCAUCUGGUUCACCAGAACAAGACAGGGAAAAGAUUAAACAGUUUGCCAUUCAAGAGGAUAAAAGACAGAAGAAUGAAAGAUUAGCACAACAUCAGAAACACGAAAAUCAAAUGCGUGAUUUGCAGCUGCAAUGUGAUGCAAAUAUCCGGGAGCUGCAGCAGUUGCAGAAUGAGAAAUGUCAUCUGUUAAUUGAGCACGAAACACAGAAACUGAAAGAGUUAGAUGAAGAACAUGCACUGGAGCUGAAGGAAUGGAGAGAUAAACUAAGACCCCGCAAAAAGGCACUUGAAGAGGAGUUUGCACGAAAGCUUCAAGAACAGGAAAUGUUUUUUAAAAUGAGUGGCGAUUCUGAAUGCCUUAACCCCACCGCACAGAGCCGGAUUUCCAAGUUUUAUCCUAUCCCAAGCAUGCAUUCAUCUGGGACAUAAAGGCGAGAAGCCGUGUUGUUGGCCUCCAGCUCUUGACAACUGCCAUGAAGCUCAGAGUUAUCACAGCUGGAGAGCUGCUGCUUUGCUGAUUUUAUAUUUUAUUUCCAAAACGCCCCUUUUUAAACAUUUUCAGAAAGCAUGGGUAGUUUUUAGUAAAUUUACUAUUUAGUCUGGUUUUUUUUGUGUGUUUUUGUUCUGUUUUAAUAGUUUGAGGUGAUUGGAAUACAUUUUGUAGAAUAUACUGUAAGAGCAAAACCUGAAAACGAGUUUGAAAGGUUUGUAAAACCACUGUGUUUGAUUAUCAGGAAAAUCUGCCACCUUUAUAUUAUAUUAUUUAGUAUGUAUAAUAACGGUUAUAAAAGAAACCUUUGUUUUGCGGUUUAAUCCCAAGUGAAAUUACGCGUUUUCUUUUAUUGUAAUACAGACUACAUUUUUUUGUUAAACUUCCAUCCAUCACCA